ACAACAAUUUAAAGAGGAAGUUUUAAACCGGUUUAUUUGGUAGUUAUUUAUCAGGUAUUUAUAUAUUAUAACUUUUAUUCGGUUUAGUGAAUGUUUAGUGAUAUUUCUUAAUUUCUUUAUUUUCGCUUUUUUAAACAGGAAUAAAGGAUAUUUGUAGCAACUCUUUUAAAUUUUAAUAUAAUAAUAGGUCUCGUUUCUUUUUUAUUUAAGCUUAAUUGUACCUUUAAAACUCUGCAUGAUACAUUUGAUUUGUAUAAUAUAUUUUAUUGUAAUGACUACAAAUCACGAAUACAAAGUAGAUACUUUUAAUACUAGUCUGGGUUUUUUAUGAAAGGGUAUGACAAAAUAAAAAGAAGAACAAUCGAAGCAGCAUUGUUUAUUAUGCUAAAACAUAUGUAUUCCCCUAAGAUGAUCACAUUAUUAUCGAUAUAUAAAAUUCUCAAUUUUAGAUUUGCAUAUAUGAAUACGGAAUAAUGUUGCAUAAGGAAACGUCAGCACUUAUACUGGUAUUGAUUGUGGAUAUGGUAUUUACUGGAUGCUCUGUUGGCUGCGAAUCGUGUUCUGGUUCCACAUGCACACAUUGUGAAUCAUUUUUCUUUUUAACAAAUGGAUUCUGUUUACCAUGCCCCGAACGUUGUGAAAAAUGUAAUAGCUACGAUGACUGUACUUCAUGUAAGCCAAACACUUUUGGUUUGGAUCAAAGAUGUACAUUUAACUGUGAUGGUAAUUGUCUAAAUAGUGAAUGUGAAGAUGAUACGGGAUAUUGUAAUCAAUGUAAGCCUGGUUUCUAUGGAAAUCAAUGUCAACAUAAUUGUAGUAUUUGUGAAAAUGAACGAUGUGAUUUACGUACCUGCUCGAGUGGUUGUAGAGCUGGAUAUUAUGAUUAUAAAUCCGGUAUCGAAACAUAUUGUCAAACCUGUCCGUCAAAUUGUAAACAUUGUAGGGAUGCCAAAACAUGUUAUAAUUGCAAUAAUGGUUUUCACCUCUUUGCAUUUAGUGGCAGUGUUCACUGUGUAUCAUGUUUGCAAAACUCGCAAUGUCCAGUCUGUGUUAUUCAAGGUUGUAACCAGUGUCAAAUACACAAUGAUUCGUUAGUCUGCACUGAUUGUCCAGAAGGACAAAUAUUCAAUGGUACAACAUGCAUAUUACACACACCAUUGUGCUCAAAAGAAUGUUCUACGUAUUGUGAUAGUACUGGAAUAUGUCAAGGAGAAUGUAAUGGGGGCUGGACUGGUGAAAAUUGCUCCGAAAGAUGUAACAGUCAAUGUUUAAAGUGUUCAAAAGAUAACGGAGAUAGUUGUCUACUGUGUAAAGGUAAUUUUUACUCAACCAAUUGCAGUUUAGCCUGCAACCCGGCAUGCAUAGUAACAAGUGGUAAACAUACAUGUGAACAUGCAGACGGAUAUUGUUUAAACGGAUGUAAACAAGCAUUUUGGGGCAAUACCUGUAAUAAAUCUUGUCCUAGUGGAUGUAAAGAUCUUAAAUGUGAUAGAAACAACGGUGUAUGUACAGAUGGAUGUAUGAAUGGGCUUACCGGAGAUAAAUGUACUCAAGCUAUUUCAAUCGGCGGACAAGAAACACCAGAAACAACAACAAAGUCAGCCGGAAUUGUAACACAACAACAAACAUUUGUGCGAUGUGACGAUAACGCUAAUAACUUUACUAUUGGUUAUUUCUCUGGAUUCGGAUCUUGUGCUAUCAUAGUAGUAUUUGCUCUAUUGUUUUACCUUAUAAGACGAAGGUUUCUGGCAAGUAAAACGCCCAAAGAAAACAGACGUAACGUUGAGAUUCCAACAUACUAUAACACUAGAACUGAUUUCGGCGCUGUAAAUACUGAAUCAGCUGAAGUGACUAAUAAUUACGAGAGUUUGAGUAAUAACAGGACCACGGAUAAUGUAUACAAUGAUCUCGGAACAACAUUGUCAUAGAUGUAAGAGAAAUUGGAGAGUUGUAGUGGUUAACUAGUGAAAACAACAUAAUGAAUUGUUACAGUAACUGUAUUCGUUGUUCCUGUGGUGAUUGAUGCAUAUUAUUACUGUCUUUAUAUAAUCACUUUAUCUAUAAACUAUAAAACGGCUUAUAUUCCUAAUAAGCUAAUUGCAUUAGGGAAUGAAACUCUAUUUCCUUUAAGCAAUAUUUUUAUAUAAAACGACUAAUGUGUUUUUAAAAAUUAUUAUACCUUUUUAUUCUUUAUAAACAGUUUUUCUCGAAUAUUUCAAUCCUUUAUUUGCAAAUGGCUUGGGAUUAAAUUUUCAACGUACCUACCUUCCCAUGUGAUAACUGUUAUCGAUAUAUUAAGUUAACAACACAACUUUAAUUGAAAUGUAAAUUUUACUACAGUAUGGUAAAAGUAAAAAGCUGGCAAAAUGUUCAGUUGUUUCAUCUUUAUUAAAUCACACAUCAUUAUUCCUUCAAAUAUAGAAUGUGUAAUUUUGUAAACGUUACUAGUUAAGUUCGCGGAUCAAUACACGAUCGUUUUAUUUCGGAACUUUUUAAGACAAAUGUUAUGGUUACAGUCUUCUAAGAUUUAUUUGACGCCUGUGUGUUCAUAAAUAAAUUUUACGGGCAAUGCCAUUUUACAAAUCUGAGAAAAAAAUAAUUUAUUAUUGAGAUAUAGUAAGCGUGACAUAUACUUUGAGUAUAUAAAAACAAAACCAAUUUAUAUUUCAUUUUUAAAAUUAAUUUCAAUAUAGGAUUUAUAUCUAAAAGCAGUUUAUUAUUGUAAACAUAUCUUACAUUAUUUGUGUUAUGAUAUUAGAUUUUAACAUGACUUGUAUAAAAAUGUUCUUGCAUAAGUUAUUUUAGCAGUAUUUGUUGAUAAAUAAUUUGAUCGUAAAGAAUAGUUCCCAAUCAAUUUUAACUGUUUACCCACAAAUCAGAGUGAUACAACCUGGACACGUCUUAUACAUUAAAUGCAUCUAUACAUAUUUUAUAUUAAAUUACGGAAAUUUAUAAUGCUAAAAUUCGGCGGAAAUACAAAAGAGACAUUUGUUCGUAUCGAUGUCUUUACUUUUUGAAAAUCUGAGUUAAAACAGCUAUAAGAGAAUAUUUCAAAACAUAUCACUUAAAGGGUAUAAAUCUAUACCUUAUGAACUGUUUUGAAAGGGAGAAAGAAACGGUGAUACAGAGAAACUGUCAAAACUUUUACAUGAGUGUGACGAAGUUUCCGAUACCCCACAGAAUAAUAUCUCGGGUAAUGCAUCCAUGUCAAAUAUAACAGAACAACAACGACGUAAGACGCAUAAGAAAAAGAAACAUUCAGCACCGUGUAAACCACAGAAAACAGUCCCAUUAACAACUUUGAAAACCACUACCCAACAUCCAUCAUCUUCAACCGAAGAGACAACAGGUGCAACCCUUACAAACAUUCCAAAUCAUACGAAUGUUACGUCGCCAAAAACGGACCAGCCCCGGGCACAAAAACCACCUACGAAGAGGCCACUCGGAACGGGGCGGCGACAGAACAGGUCCAACUAACGAACACUCUACAGGACCUAACCAGACUCUUAAAGAUAGAAAUAGAAAAGCAAACAGGCGUUUCGUCAGGGCGAGGAACUUAAACGAGUGGCGAAGACAUUAGAAGAGGAAACAGGCGAUUCAGAGGGGCAAAAUGGAAAAUUUGGACAUUUGUCGUCUUUGUUGCAUAAUUUUUCCUGAUCAAUUUUAAUUUUUACCUACAAAAUAUUUUGAUACAGUUUUGACAAUUCUAAAACAUUAAAUGCAUCUUACUGUGUUUUAGGAUCUCAAUGUUCGGACUAUUAUAUUAUUCAAGGUUUAGACCAAUGUCAGAUAUAAAGUAAUUCGUUGGUCUGCACUUGUUGUCCAGCGAGACAGGAUGUAAUGGUUAAAGUUAUGAAUGUGAAAAAAGUACAACAAAAUAGAAAAUUAUUUCAAAACGUCCAAAACGACAGAAUUUGAUAAGCUGCAGGCCCUGUUGUUGGACGGUACUGAUAAGUGCGAGAUACCCUUAGCACCGGCUUUUUAAGAGGAAAACAAAGUUUCAAAUGCUCAAGAGAAAAUGACAAUAUUUGUCUACAUCACAAGUGUGAAUUUACCAUCUAUUAUGUAUAGUAAAAGACGAUAAAAGAACAUAUGACCAUGCAGAUAAAUAGUGUUUAAAUUGGCGACACCUGAAAUAAGUCCUAUCCCACGGUUUGUAAAUAUCAAAAGUGUGUUAGAAAAGACGUUAUUGUUACUUAAGGAUGCAAAGACGGACAUCUUGAAGACAUAUUUUUCAAUUUCUACGUGGGUUAGAGGAAAAUUAUAUCUAGAACUUAUAGAUUUUAUGGACAUAAUGUUAGUCGUAUAUAAAAAAAAGUUUCGUAAAAUAUUGAUAUAAACAUCCAUGUUUUUAAAUAAUUAUAUGAACCUUAUAAGCAUUAAGUUAAGAAUAAACACUUACAUGAGAGCGUCCGUUUUUCAAUAACAUGUCAAUGCCAUAAAGUAUUGAACUAUCUAAACCUUUUGAUAAAAAGACUUUCCUGAACUUUUGAAAAGAAUAUAUAACUUUGGUAAUCCGAUCAUUCAUUAUAUUCCGCGGUGCUCGCAUGCACCUACGUGUGGUAUAAAACAUAUUUGCAGAUAUCUAUAUUAAACUUACAUUCACACCAGCAUCAUGGAGAACUGACCAAAACCUUUACUAAAUAUUGAUUUAAAAUUAUAUAAAGAUCUUUUUAAACUUAGCUGAUAUUAAUUUAAUUUGAUUAUAAGACCAAAUUUUGGGCCAAUCAAACAAAUAUCGGCUAACAAAUUAAACAAAAUAUCAUGCUUAAUUACUUAAAAUUUUCAGUCCAUUUUACAGUUAUGAUAUAUUUCUAUUUUAGUAUACAAAUUGUCAUUGUACACAUGUUUAAUUGGCAUUAAACUAAACUUUUUUUAAGAUGGAAUUUAACUUCUAAAAAUCUCAUAGCGAGGUUAUUUUAAUUUGCCAUUUAGCUACUGAAACCGCUCUUAAAAUCUCAGAUAGCCAGAUAUUAACUGAAGACUAAUUAAUUAACGAUUCAAAGAUAAACACUUUAUGACGGUUUAA